AUGAUUUUCUUUGAUGAUGGAUAUACACAGUAUGCUUACCAUAAGAAUAUUCGCCUCGUGUGUGGUGAGUCACCAAAUGUAUGCGACGAUCUACAUGAAAAUAUUCGAGAAUCUGUGAAGACAUAUUUAAGGAACUAUCCAGAACGGCCUAUGGUGAAGUUUAAUAAAAAACAAGUAGUACGCACAGAGCUAAGAAACUUAUGGUGUUCAGCUAAAGUGAAAAACAUAGAUGCAUCAUUAGUACAGUUAAAAUUUCUUGAUAUGAAGGUCGAACACACAGAAUGGAUGUAUCGGGGCUCAAACAGGUUAAGCCCAAUAUAUAAUCAAUUAAAUAGUAACAAUCAAGAUAAGCGUGUACGUGGUACAGUGUUGACUGAUGUUAAUAAGUUAUUAAAUCGACCAUAUAUUGUAAUAGAAAAUUUAACUGAAGAUGAAAAAAGUGUUGACAUUGACAACAGUGACAAUACUCAAAAACCUCACAGAAGUAAUGGUGUAAUUAAAUCAAUUGAAAUACCAGCAAACUGUCCAAAACCGCUUCCUUACAAGCACCACGAGUGUUCUCAUUUUUGUAUGUUAUGGGUUCACUAUGACUACAGUCAAACAAAAUGUAUGAAUGUUUUAACCAUUCCAUUACAUUAUGGAUUUACGAGGUCUGUAUUAACAGACGAAAAGUUAAAAUUAAGAAAAGUAAUGUAUACCACUCCUUGCGGGCUUAAUAUAGACGAUGAAGACAAAAUGUACAAUUACUUGAAACUGACAAGUUAUGGUAAUAGCCAAAUGACAAUGGACUUAUUUAAUUUUGAUUAUUUGGUGAAUCCUCUAUCUUGGUUCACAGUACCAAAAGUGUUUAUUCGUAUACAAGACAUAUCUUAUGAGAUGGAGUUUAAACCAAUAAGCGUUUUCAACAGUUUGAAUGACUUAGUACCAGACCACAUAAAGUAUAUAACAAAACGUAUAACUAGCCCUAACGUUAAUUUAAAUAUAGACCCCAAAUUUUUAUGUGGAUGCGAUUGUAUUGAUAAUUGCGAAGACAAAAAUAAAUGUUCCUGUUGGCAACUUACUUACGAGGGUCCAAAAAAUUAUCCCGCUAUUUUCAAAGACCAUGGCAGCGUUGGCUACAGUUUCAAACGGCUACAUAAACAAGUAAUCACGGGUAUUUUUGAAUGUAAUUCCAACUGUAAAUGUAAGAAAACUUGUUUAAAUCGUGUUGUUCAGGAACCACUGAAGACGUCACUGCAACUGUUUUUAACUGAAACAAAAGGCUGGGGAGUGAGAACGCUCACUGAUAUUCCCAAAGGUAGUUUUGUUUGUACAUUUCUUGGGGUGGUUCGCACAGAGAAAGAUGCUGAUAAUGAUUUUUCGUUAAACUGGGGCGAAUAUCUGGCAGAUUUGGACUUUCUCGAUACAGUUGAAGAGAUCAAAGAUGGAUAUGAAAGUUAUGUGGUCCAGACUGAAAUUGAAGAUGAAAGUGAAGAUGAAAGUGAAGAUUAUACUAGUUCAUCUGAUGAUGAAGAGUUUAAUCCUAGUUGGGCAAUCAAGAGUAAAAUGAGUAUGUUUGAAUCUAGAAUGUCGUUACGGAAGAAUUUACAAAAUACAAAUACAAAAUCUGAUGGAAAACAUGAAUUAUCUAAGUUAAAUACUCAACAAAAAGUUGAAAGUAAAAACACAUCUUUGCUAAGCUACCUAGAUAAAGACCGUGGCAUCUACACGUUGGAUGCUAAGGUCAAUGGGAACAUAGGUCGCUAUUUUAAUCAUUCUUGUGACCCAAACAUAUUUAUUCAAAAUGUUUUUAUCGAUACACAUGACCUUAGAUUUCCAUGGGUGUCAUACUUUGCACUAUCAAAUAUUCGAGCAGGAACCGAACUAGCCUGGGAUUAUAAUUAUAUGAUAGGCAGCGUGAAAGACAAAAGACUUAUGUGCCACUGUGGGUCAAAAAAUUGCAAGGGCAGGCUAUUAUAA